UAAUUUAUUAAAUGCAAUUAUUUUUAAUGAUCAAUGAUUAACAUAGAUAUAACAUUUUAUACCGAUUUUGUGUUGAAUUUUGAUCAUACACGUGAUACGCGCCAAUUCAGCAUUCACAGUCAAAUAAAUCGUACAGAGUAGAAUUGAAUCGCACAUAAUUAAAAAAAUAAGUGAAUAACUUUAGAAUUCUUAUUGUUAGAUUAUUGUGUAAUUAAUGCUGAUAUUUUCUUAAAAAUACAUGUUUGUUCUUAAAUUUUGAUACAUUGGAGGAAGAUUAAAUAUUAAACAUAUUUUAAUGUUGUAAUUUUUAACAAUAUCUUCGUUUAAUUUUACCUUGAAACAAAAUAUGCUUCGUCCGUUAAAUUCGUACUUCAGAACUUUCAUAAUUAACAAAAGAAGAUUUCAUACAAACAAUUGUCUGUACGAAGUAUACGAAAGACCAAGAUCAGGUUAUCCAUUAGUUUACGAUGAACCACCAAUAACAAAAGAUAAAAGUUUUCGUGAAAAAUUGAAAAUUGGAUAUAAUAUAUUUAAAAAUGAUUGCAAUUUAUUUGCGCAAGAAGUGCGGGCUAAAUUCGGCUACGGCGUAACUGCAGUUUCACCAUUCGAAGAAAAUGUCAUAUUCAAAUUUGAUGGAACUGAAAAAUCUUUAAAGGAAUGGAUUGUGAACUAUGACAGUGUUUAUAACGAAGGUUUUUCAACUGCCAAAUUAGAAUUAUCACCUUCUGGCACUGGAAUAUUUCAUGGCAUAUUAAAUACUACUGUACCUAAAGAUGGUAGGCUCACAAGAUCUGGUUAUUGUAAUAUAACUACUAUUCCAAAAUACAAGUCUUUUGGAAGAAAAUACUAUUAUGACUGGAGUUCUUUUAAUCGACUUAUUUUACGAGUCAGAGGGGAUGGUAGAUGUUAUAUGGUAAACAUAUUACAUAAGGGAUACGUUGAUAUAACGUGGAAUCAUAUGUGGAAUUAUGUAAUGUAUACAAGAGGUGGCCCUUAUUGGCAAACCGUUACAAUACCCUUUGCUAAAUUUGUGUUUUCGAAUAAAGGAGUAGUUCAAGAUCAGCAAUUCCGAAUGCCAGAAACAGAAGUUACAAAUUUGGGAAUAACGCUAGCGGAUAAAAAACCAGGUCCUUUUAGAUUAGAAAUCGAUUAUAUAGCAGUGCGUAACGAUGAAACUAAUUUUGAAGAUUGUGCGUAUGAAAUGUACGAUACAAGUAAACCUGACGAAUAACUUUAUUUAAGUAGUAUUUAAGAAAUGUACAUAUUAUGAUCAGUCAUGUAUCUAUCUAUAUAUAUGUAUAUAUAUUUAAACAAUAUAUUGUACAGUAAUAAAUUUACAAAUAAUGGCAAUGUUCUGUCUUCAGCAUUCGUCGUUUCAAUAUACACAUACAUGUACUUAU